AGAAAACGGAAUGAUCAAAUCAAAUCGUCAGGCUUUUUCAAAUUCCCCCCCAAUAUCCUCUCGAUUGCUGCUCCCAAUCAAUCUUUUGUUUUUUUCUUCUUUCUUUUUCUUUUCAAAAAUACUCCGAAUAAUACUACUCCGUAAUCCAAGCAACUUUCUCGAUUCCUAAUCGUAACAAUGUCAUGGUUGGCUCGAUCCAUCGCCGAUUCCCUCCGCAUCGACGACGACGAUGAUGAAAACACCGACGACGACGACGACGAUGAAGAAGAAGAAACCAAUCCCCGCAAACCGAACCCUAACCACUCACAAUCCGAACACAUAGAAAACGACGACAUCGAAGAAGAAGAUCGACCAGGUCGAGGCGUUAGAGAAGACAUAACGGAAUUCAAGGAAACCCUAACCCGACAGCUAUGGGGCGUCGCCUCUUUCCUCGCCCCUCCUCCUCCUCCUCCGCCGCCCCCACUGCUACCGUGUCACAACCGCAUCGAUCGAGCAGUGGCUGAUCGGGACCACUGGGAGCAUCAUGAUCAGUCGAGGAAUGAAGUGGAAUCUCAGCCGUUGGAACUGGAGGAUGAGAUUGUCGGGGAGGCCGCUGGCGUUACUGAGGAGGUGUUGGCUUUCGCGAUGAAUAUCGCACAUCAUCCGGAGACGUGGUUGGAUUUUCCCAUGGAGGAAGAAGACGACGUCGAUGAUUUGGAGAUGUCUAAUGCCCAACAUGAGCAUGUGUUGGCUAUUCAACGUCUAGCGCCUAGGUUAGCUGCUCUCAGGAUUGAACUUUGCCCUGCACACAUGAGUGACAGUUACUUUUGGAAGGUCUAUUUUGUUCUAUUGCACUCAAGAUUGCACAAACAUGAUGCUGAGCUUUUGUCCACUCCCCAGAUUGUGGCAGCAAGAGCUAUGUGGAUGCAAGAGCUACAAAAGCGAACUAAAACAGAAACAGGAGGCACUUCAUGUGCAAAAGAGAGUGCUAACAGAUGGAAUAAUAGAUGGGAGGAACCUUUUGAUGAUCCUCCAUUUGAUGAUACUAGUGGAAAUAUGUCAGUCCGGACAUUUGCUUUCGAACCGGCAACUUACUCUGUGACCACAGAGUUUGAGACUGAGAAAAACCCUGCUGCAAGCACUGAGAUUAGAAUUGUUGACAAAUCUUUCAUUGAAGAGGAGCCAGUGAUAAAGACAAGGGAUGUGGAUCUUGUUGCUGGUCCUUCGUUUAAAGUACCGAUACAGAAUUAUGACGACGAGGAUGAAGAUGAUGACUGGCUUAAAGAAGAUUCCGAAUUAGACGGGUACAGUGGAACUGCUACUUUCUUUGGGAAUGAUGAGGAUGUGUCGUUCAGUGAUCUUGAAGAAGAUGACGAUUGUACUAUGCCUCUAAAACCCAAGUAGUCACCACAGGUCUUGGACACUCGCCAAAACCUUCCAGGAGUAACUUCGGUGACCACAAGCGCGAUUGUUUAUUUGAGGAGGCUUGAACUUGGUUGUGUGGUAAAUAUGUUUGUCUGGCCGAAGGGGUUGAGUACUGGAUGUGAUGACAAUUCAUGAGCUCUACUUCAUGAUGGAUUAGUCAUCAAUUUCCGCCGAGUGAUUUGAGCCUUGAUUGAUUCUGGCAUGUGUUUUGACUUCAGCAAGGAGAAGCAUCGUCGUUCGGGCAACCUCUAUUGUAAAGUUUUUUGAAUGGAAGAUUGAAAUUGAUUCUUUUGACUUCAAUUGUUUUUGAAGUAAAACGAGUUCUCUGUCGUUGAGAGAACAAAUGGUGAAUAGAUACAAGCCUGCCUUUUCCGUUUCCUUUUCUUUUUUCUUUUUGUGUGGGUGUGUGGAUCAUGUAAGAAAAUCGUUCAGUGUCCAUUGCCCAUUGGUGAGCGAAAGGGAUUCAUGUUCGAAUGUGGGUUGUGAGCCUGGCAACUUGGUAUGUGGCCUUAAAACUC